AUUCCUGUUACGUAUCCCACAACGGCGCCCGAAAUUGCUUUACCAGAAUUAGACGGUAAAACGGCAAAAAUGUAUAGAGGUGGCAAGAUCUGCCUGACUGAUCACUUCAAGCCAUUGUGGGCUCGCAACGUUCCCAAGUUUGGCAUCGCUCAUGCAAUGGCUCUUGGUCUGGGACCAUGGUUGGCAGUGGAGAUUCCAGACCUUAUAGAAAAGGGCAUCGUAGUUCACAAGGACGAGGAAAAGAAAACGUAAAUCGGCAAUGCGCAGGAUAACGAUAAUAACAAAAUGCGAUCGUUGAAUAAGUUAUUUUUUAUGCCUACCGCUCGGAAAGAAGAAUUUAUACAGUACGUUAAGUUUUUACACACGGUAUAGAGUAUUUACAUUGUUCAAAUAAAGGCUAUUUAAUACAGGCUAUUUGUCAUCGUC